CUUGCCAUUGUUUGUCCAAUUCGUCCAAUGUUGUGCUUUUAAAUAUUUUUGUCAGAUUGCUCAUGUUUGACGUAACGAGGUGGUAAUGGUCACGUGAUUGUUGCCGUGAGCCAUACCGUCCAGCCGCUGCUGUAGAGUAAGCUAGUCUGCCUCGAGUGUAACAUCGCUAGCUAACAGACACAAACAGAAUGGAUUUCAACGUGAAGAAGCUAGCCUCCGGUGCGGGAGUGUUCUUCACGCGAGCUGUCCAGUUCACAGAGGAGAAGCUGGGCCAGGCGGAGAAGACGGAGCUGGACGCUCACUUUGAGAACCUGAUGAGCCGCGCAGACUGCACCAAGCUGUGGACGGAGAAGAUCUACAGACAGACUGAGGCGCUGCUGCAGCCCAACCCAAGUGCCAGAAUCGAAGAGUUUCUCUAUGAAAAGUUAGACAGGAAGGCACCGUCCAGAAUGACCAAUGGAGAGCUGCUGGGUCAAUAUAUGCUGGAUGCAUCAAAGGAGUUUGGUCCUGGAACUCCAUAUGGGAGUACUUUGAGCGAGGUGGGGGAAUGUGAGAGAAGAUUAGGAACAGCAGAGAGGGAGUUCCUCCAGACGUCCGCUAUAAGCUUUCUCACUCCGCUCAGGAAUUUUCUGGAAGGAGACUGGAGGACCAUUUCAAAAGAAAGACGUCUUCUGGAGAACCUUCGCUUGGACCUGGACUCCUGUAAAGCCCGUCUGAAGAAGGCCAAGGUGGCCGAGGCCAAGGCUGCGUGCGAUGGUGAAAUGGCACCAGAUUUUCAGGAGACCAGACCCCGCAACUAUGUGCUUUCUGCCAGUGCCUCUGCGCUCUGGAGUGAGGAGGUGGAAAAAGCUGAACAUGAGCUCCGAGUGGCCCAAACAGAGUUUGACCGCCAAGCAGAGGUUACACGGCUGCUUUUGGAGGGCAUCAGUAGUACACAUGUGAACCACUUGCGCUGCCUGCAUGAGUUUGUGGAGGCCCAAGCAGCUUACUAUAAGCAGAGUCACUUCCACAUGCAAGAACUACAGAAGGAGCUGGGAAGGCUUCCCAAUGCAUUUGCACUGAACACUCACUCCACAGCUACCGCCGGCUCUGCAUCAGAAGGCCUCAGCAGCCCUGUGGAGACAGACACACUGAAGAUUGAGGAAGUUCAGGCACCAGCUACAGGAACCCGCAAGGCCAAAGUCCUUUACGAUUACGAUGCUGCGGACUCCAGUGAGCUCUCACUUUUAGCCGAUGAGCUCAUCACAGUUUACACAGUGCCAGGAAUGGACUCUGACUGGCUGAUUGGAGAGAGAGGAAACCAAAAAGGAAAAGUGCCCGUCACAUACCUGGAGCUUCUCAGCUAAAGAACACGCGUCCAUUGAUGACUACUGAAGCCAUGAGGAUCUUUCAUUCGCUUCAUUACAUUUCACACUCUUCCUCUAACCUGUAACUUCCCAUAGCAUUCCUCCGCAGUAAGCAUUAAUACAAGUGUUACGUUAAACACACUCAGCUCCUCAAACCCCACUGACCUAUAUUCACAUGACACAGACAGAAGUGAUGAUGGAGACAUUGUUACAAUGAGUGCAGGAAAAUCCCCAUGAAUGGUUAAUAUUACUUUUAGAUAUGGUUGGUGGAUUAUUAGGACGUUUUCUUUUCCUAUUUAUUACUUAUUUAUUGUUGUGCAUCCCCAUGGUUCAGGUAGACCUUCCACAUUGUCUGCAGAGGUAUUUCCAUCAAUCUGAUUUGUUUUUAGAGUCUUUAGAAGACAGCCGUAUGGAUAACACAAGCAUGCAAUAACCACGUGAUGAAGCCUUGCCCUUCAAUUAAGUCAGGUCAGUCCAGUGUAUCUCUGCAUGACAGCUCGCCCUCAUUAAGGAGGAAGAAGUGAAAACAAACAUGGGCUAACAGACACCGGAUCAGUGUGCCACAUCAUGACAAACACCAUUAUGUUGUGCUGAUAUAUAUUAAUAAAAAUGAAAGAUGUGGCUGCUUCCCAGUUUUGCUGCAAGUUCCCCUUCCAUUGUCUUCCAAUACUACAUGAACAUCAUUGCAUUUCUUAUGUGUUGCAUCUUUCUUAUCCAUGAAAUAUGACAAACGUUAGCUUCCUAAGUUAUAAAACAGCAAAUCAAGUUUUUCAUCGAUGCUUUAUCGUUCAAUCAUCCUCAAAUCUUGGGAAGCAGAUUUGCCUUAACUGCUAAUGAAAGAAUGUAACUCGUGUUAUUCAAAGCAAUGAUAACAUUUUAAGGAGAGUAGGAUGGAUCUUUGCUUGAUUAAUUCAUGUCAUUCACUUGUCUUGAUUAGACUUUCCCCGGCACUGAAGACGUCCCUUUGAACAAUAUGAACACCUGUGCAGCACAUACACAUAAACACUCCUGUCCGUCAUAACUGCCUUAAAAAGAUGAGAAUGUGCUCUUCACAACAAAAUGUCCAGAGAACACGUAACAGCAUGCAAGACUGCAACUCCUUUUAAUCGUGUGCUUGUUCGUGUGAUUUUUGGUUUGCCUUUAAUUGUUUUUUGAAUUUACGCUGUUCUGUCCGUCAAUAACUCGGUGUCUUCUGUCUUCGUGCUGCAUGUGCUACAGCUAGUAGCCUGUCCUGAUGUAGCUACGUCUGUUUGUGGCAGAACUGGAGCACCGAUAUGUUUCCACAAAAGAUAAUGUGCUCUCUCACAUCCAACAUAUGUAGUACAUGCAUGCACUCUUUCCUUUUUUUUUUUUUUUUUUUUAAACCAGGCUUGUGAGUUUUUGUAAAUUGAGCGCAUUCUUUGAAAAUGUAUUUAUUCUGUUGUAACUCUGUUUACCUCAUCUUGUAUUAUUAUUAUUAUUAUAUGCUUUCACCAUGCUGAAUGAAUGAAAUGUAUGGGAUUCAAUAAAAUAUAAGAUUUAUUUGAAUUCGUGGUCUUUUUACAGCUAACGUACGCCAUAAAUACACAAACCACCAGGGCCGAAAGCUGAAGCCAAUGCAGAAGUGCUUUAAGGAAGUGCACCAAAAUGCACACAUUUUGUGUGGACACACACACACACACACAUCCAUCUAUCUAUAUACUGCUAAACCUGUUUUUUUUAACCUUCAAACUCUUGUCUAACCCUUCCUAUUUUCCAUUGAAAGGACGCUUAAUAAACGACUAUGGUCACCAGUGAAAAGACGUUCAAAAGAGAACGUUUUGAAGACGUUGAUUGAACGUUCACAUUUAGUGGGAAAAAAUCCACAAGAACACAUUACUCUAUAAUGUGGUGGUGAUCGUCAUUGUUACUUUAGGGUGCCACUAAUCUCUAUGAACAGAUUCUGAAUAUGAAUACAGAAUCUGUAGGCAAUAGUAUUGACCAAUCGUGUUUGAAUGGGCUUAUUUGCAUUCUGGUAAACGGUCUAUGUGAGAGCAAAAGAGGUGGAAAGGAUUGGCCAAAAUGCAUUCUCGGAACCCAUCUGUUAUGGUCUUGGUCCGGGUAUCUUUGACCCAUUUUCCAGAUAUCCGCUUCAAUGGAACCCCA